AUGGACUCUAAUAAGGUCAUUGUUUGCGAUAACGGUACUGGUUUUGUAAAAUGUGGUUUUGCUGGUGCAAAUUUCCCAACAGCCAUUUUCCCAUCGAUGGUCGGUCGUCCAAUUCUCAGAUCUGAAGAAAAGAUUGAAAACGUUGAGAUUAAAGACAUUAUGGUUGGUGAUGAAGCUGCCAAACUUAGAUCAAACUUGCAAAUUACCUAUCCAUUGGAAAAUGGUAUCAUUCGUAAUUGGGAGGAUAUUCAACACGUCUGGGACUAUGCUUUCAAGGAAAAGUUAAAGGUUCAAGACACCCGUGACUGCAAGAUCUUGCUCACCGAACCACCCAUGAAUCCACUCACCAAUCGUCAAAAGAUGGUUGAAGUCAUGUUUGAACGUUAUGGUUUCAACGCUGUCUACGUUGCCAUUCAAGCCGUCCUCACCCUCUACGCCCAAGGUCUCCUUACUGGUGUCGUCGUCGACUCUGGAGAUGGAGUUACUCACAUUAUCCCAGUCUACGAAGGUUACUCUAUCCCACAUUUGACCCGUCGUCUUGAUGUCGCUGGUCGUGACGUCACUCGUUACCUCAUCAAACUCUUAUUACUCCGUGGUUACGCUUUCAACCGUACCGCCGAUUUUGAAACCGUUCGUCAAAUCAAGGAAAAAUUAUGUUAUGUUGCUUAUGAUGUUGAACAAGAAAAGAAAUUAUCACAAGAAACUACUGUUUUAGUUGAAUCAUACACUUUACCAGAUGGUAGAGUUAUCAAGGUCGGAAGUGAAAGAUUCCAAGCCUCUGAAGCUUUGUUCCAUCCAAGCUUGGUCGAUGUUGAAGGUGGAGGUGUUGCCGAUUUGUUGUUUGACUGUAUUCAAAAGGCCGAUCGUGAUCUCCACAAGGGCUUCUACCAACACAUUGUCCUCUCUGGUGGUUCCUCUAUGUAUCCAGGUCUCCCAUCUCGUUUGGAAAAGGAAAUCCGUGCUCUCUACCUCGAAAAGGUCCUCAAGGGAGACGAAAAGGGUCUCGCCAACUUCAAGUGCCGUAUCGAAGAUCCACCCCGUAGAAAGCACAUGGUCUUCCUCGGUGGUGCCGUCUUGGCUGAACUCACCAAGGAUCGUCCAGAUUUCUGGGUCACCAAGCAAGAAUACGAAGAAAAGGGUAUCAAGUGUCUCGAUAAGUUGGCCAAGUUGUCAGUCUAA